UCCCAGAGCUGCUGUCACGCUGGACAUGUUGGACUAGUUGCUUUGUACGUGUGUGUGGAGUGUGUAUGGCGUGUGGUGUGCAGGGGUGGGCUCGACUUUGAGGCAACAUUUAUGUGGAUAUGAGGCCGCGCUGCACGUUUGCACGCCCCUGCUGCUCGCUCCAAGUCAGACGGCCGCAGCUCCUUCUCGCUUCUUGUAUUCUUCUUCUUCUGCCUGCCUCUCCUUCAGCACCACUCCUUUAAGGACAGCAACGCCACCACCACCCCCUCCACACAACCCAACGACCACCACUAACUCCUCCAUCCUCGUUCGACCAUCCAACCAUCCAACCAUCCAUCCAUCCAUCCUCCACCCUCGGGGUCAUUUACUCGCUCGGCUGUUGGGUUGUUGUCGUUUUGCAAAGAAAAGUGCAAGGGAAUACAAACUUUUGGAAAUAUUUGUUUCCUCCUCAACAACAAAAAAAUAUCAAAUCAGCGGUGAAGCUGUGUGACCAGAACCAGUGCUGAAGUGGUGCCCUCCUCCUCCUCCUCCUCCUCCUCCUCCUCCUCUUCCUUCGUCUCCGUCUUCCAUCCGCGGGUUCGGACGCGCGCGCACCGACUGACUGAGCGACCGAGCGAGCAACCAUGGCCACGAACGGGACCAAAGCCUCGGACGGCCACGUCCUCACGGAGACAGUCAGCGAGGCGCCGACGAGCACUCCCAACGACAAGCCCAAAACGCUGGUGGUGAAAGUGCAGAAGAGCAAAAAGGACAUACCCGAGCGAGAGACGUGGGGCGGCAAAUUUGACUUUCUGCUCUCUUGUGUGGGAUACGCCAUCGGACUCGGGAAUGUGUGGAGAUUUCCUUAUUUGUGUGGAAAGAAUGGAGGAGGAGCCUUCUUGAUCCCCUACUUUUUGACCUUGAUAUUUGCUGGCAUGCCCCUCUUCUUUCUGGAGACGGCCCUGGGUCAGUACACCUCCAUUGGGGGACUCGGAGUGUGGAAGCUGGCACCCAUGUUCAAAGGCGUUGGUUUGGCUGCUGCUGUGCUCUCCUUCUGGCUUAACAUUUAUUACAUUGUCAUCAUCUCCUGGGCUCUCUACUAUCUCUACAAUUCCUUCACCUCUGAACUGCCAUGGCAGACCUGUGGUAAUUCCUGGAACACUGAGCGCUGCUACACUAACUACAGCAUCCCGGACACCACGAACCUCACCAGUGCUGUGGUGGAGUUCUGGGAACGCAACAUGCACCAAAUGACUGAUGGCCUGGAGAAGCCCGGGGAAGUCAGGAUCCCGCUGGCCAUCACCCUUGCCAUCGCCUGGGUGCUGGUCUAUUUCUGCAUCUGGAAGGGGGUCAGCUGGACCGGCAAAGUUGUCUACUUCUCGGCCACGUACCCUUACUUUAUGCUCUUCAUCCUGUUCUGCCGUGGCAUCAGUCUGCCCGGCGCCUUUGAUGGAAUCCUCUUCUACAUCACGCCAGACUUUGAAAAACUGAAGGAGUCUGAGGUUUGGCUGGAUGCUGCUACUCAGAUCUUCUUCUCCUACGGACUGGGAUUAGGCUCUCUGAUCGCACUGGGCAGCUACAACCCCUUCAACAACAAUGUGUACAGAGAUUCAGUCAUUGUCUGCUGCAUCAACUCCUUCACCAGCAUGUUCGCCGGCUUUGUCAUCUUCUCCAUUGUGGGCUUCAUGGCCAACGUGACAAAGAGGCCCAUCGCUGAUGUGGCAGCCUCAGGACCCGGCUUGGCGUUUUUGGCUUAUCCCGAGGCCGUCACCCAGCUGCCAAUCUCCCCUCUGUGGGCCAUCCUCUUCUUCUCCAUGCUGCUGAUGCUGGGAAUCGACAGCCAGUUCUGCACGGUGGAAGGUUUCAUCACUGCGCUGGUGGACGAGUUCCCUCAUAUUCUCCGAAAGCGCCGGGAGAUCUUCAUAGCGGUUGUCUGCCUGGUGUCAUACAUCAUCGGGCUGUCCAACAUCACCCAGGGUGGCCUGUACGUUUUUAAGCUCUUCGACUACUACUCAGCCAGCGGGAUGUGUCUGCUUUUCCUCGUCUUCUUUGAGUGCAUCUCCAUUUCCUGGUUCUACGGUGUAAACAAGUUCUAUGACAACAUUGAGGAAAUGGUCGGCCACAGGCCUUGUAUUUGGUGGAAGGCCUGCUGGGUUGUUUUCACGCCACUCAUUGUUGCUGGAGUGUUCCUAUUCAGUGCCGUGCAGAUGGUUCCCCUUACCAUGGGCGACUACGUGUUCCCAGCCUGGGGCCAGGGCGUCGGGUGGUUAAUGGCCCUCUCCUCCAUGAUCCUCAUCCCUGGCUACAUGGGAUACAUGUUUCUCACGCUCAAAGGCACUUACAAAGAGCGUCUGAGGAUGAUGAUCAAACCAGUGGUCCUGGUGAAGGCUCAGGAAAACGGGCCGGACCAGCAGGCAGAAGCCCAGAACCAGAACCCCGGAGCCACUGAGGAGGCGUACAUCUAGAACCUUCUGAGUGUGUCUCCAUGUCUAGCGGCCAGUCAUGCGUGAGAGUUCACGCCGGCGAAAAGCGUAAAUCAAGGUUGGGAACGACCACCACGUCUGCUUUCAUUCACCUACCUCCUGGGGACACGUGAGGCCAACCCGAUCACAUUUCUUCUUCUUCUUCUUUCAGUUUAUUCUUCUCAUUUAUGUCAUGCAGAGUUGUAAAGGUGUAUGAGGAAACUACCCAGCCAUGUGUUGUGUAAUUAUGCAAAAGAGAAAUAUGAAAAUAUAUCUUUUAAAUCAGAGUCCUGCGUUGAAUCAAUAGUAUUGCAGCCACAGCUACUGUACAAAUACUGUUUAAAUGCUUGUACGUGAAGUCAGUACAUGAGAUGCAGGAAGUGGGAAUGUUUAGCAGGUGGGGUUAAAUCUCUAUGUGUCAAAUAUGAUUUAUUUUUAGUUGGUCCCACCCACGUCUGGGGGCUGUACCUUGGAAAAGCACAGUGACAACAGCAAAAAAAAACUACAAAUAAUAUAUAUACAUAUACAUAUAUAUAUAUAUAUUAAACACAAAGUUCUGUAGGAUAUGUAGCAAAAGACUGUCAAAACUGUUGGCGGUUUGUUUUUGUUUUUUUUCCGAAGAACAAUAACAUGUACAGUGUGUCGUCAUAAUCUUCUUUUGUAGAAUAACUUUUAAAUUUAGUUUUUGUAUGAUAUUUGAUCGAUUUGAAAGAGAAGGACCAAACCGCAUGCACCGUUGUUGGAAUAUUUGGUGCAAGAGUAGACUAGCAGAGCACAGGGAGUCAGUGUUACAAGCACAAUGUGGUACAGAAAUACUACUACUACUUCUACUACGUCCCACUGUGAGAGCAAUUAACUUCUUUUGGGCAUCCAGUAUGUAAACUAGUGUAUGUGAUGACGACCACCUUAUAUAAAUAUAAUAUUUAGUAACCCACUCCUCAGGAACAAAAUGUAGAUGUGACCAAAUGCUGUCUGAUACUGUUAUGAUACACUUAAAAUGGCUCAUGUUAUGUAUUAUGGAACAUAAAUAUACACUGUAUUUCCUCAUAUAGUGACUGCAAAUGGUGUAUAUAAGGGGAGAAACCUUUAAAAUAUUAUUAAACAAUAUUAUAUCCUUCAAUAAAGGAAUGGAAAUGGAUUUUAAAAGGACAUAAAAUGGAGAAAUGCAAAGAAAUGGCAAGAAGCAAGGCGGGACUUGCUACCUGUGACACAACACUGUGGGGUGACCACUUGUCUAUUGCAUCCCCUGAAAAGAAGGUAUCUUUACAUAAAGCAGGAUCAUCUUCAAUAAUACUGCGCACAGGGACUUGAUCAUUUGACUGGUUUCACUUUUCCUUAUUUUUGUUACAUAGUUUUAUUGCGCAGUGGUUAACUUAAUGUUACACUUGUCUGGCUAUCUAUCUAUCUCUCAUUCAAAGGUCGGGUAGUUUUACUUAUUUUUGUUGUGUUGUACAGUGUUUAACUUAGAUUAGCUGUCAUACACGUGUAACAUAAAUUUAAACAUUGUAGGAUGAAAACUCCAAUGAACUAAAACUACUCAACCAUUAAAUAAGAUAAGUAGAUGUGACAAAUGGUCUCGGAUACUAUUAUGAUAUGUAUUAUUAAAAACGUAUACAUACUGUAUUUCCUCAAAACUUCUCAGCAUUUGAAUAUUAGAUUGGAUGAACAAACUGUCUCGCAAACUGUCUUUUAACUGUAAAAUACAACUAAACUAAAGUAAAACUAUUCUACCUUUGAAUGAUAGAUAAGUGACUAAAUGCUGUAAUGCUAUUGUGAUACAUUCAUAUGUAUUUUUCAAAACAUAUAUAUAUAUAUAUAUAUAUAUAUAUAUAUAUAUAUAUAUAUAUAUAUAUAUAAAUAAUAAUGCCUUUUUGAAAUAAUAUAUAUUAGACGAUACAUCAAGUGAAAAUGGACUUUAAUACAAAAGAAAUGACAAGCACACAAUGCUGUGGAGUGACUUAUUUGUCUAUGGGAACGCCAAUCCACAGGGGUCACAUUUACUUCAUCUGAGAGACUGUUUAGGUGUCUCAGUGGGUGCUGCUGUUUGGAUUAGUAAUAACCCUUUAAUGCCUGUGUAUAAAAUAGAACUACGCAGUGACGUCAUUACAGUUACCUGUUUUUUUCCCCUAGGGGAAGAAUUUGGCGUGUAUUUGUCUUAAAUGGGCAACGCACACACAUUUAUUGAGGUACGGCAUCUAUUAAAACGUCCGGCCACUAUUUGAGGAAAUACCAUCAUCAAAUCUACGACAAACCUGACAUAAUAACUAACAACAAAUCCAAAUCUGGAGCGUGUGUGUGUGUUUAUUUUUUGCAUGUCAUUGCUUUUAGUUCAUACUGAAUGAACUGUAAUGAAAGUGGGAUCAGUCUAAAUCCUGGUGAGCUUUUCACCGAAUAAAAGGAAAACCUAUGAUUACAUAUCAAGUUUGCUCGGAGAUACGAAACAGACCUGUAAUGCUAGUAAAAGAAGUAAUAAUAAUAAGAUUUGCUUCUGUGGCAGCUACGUGCGACAGGAAUCAGGAGUCUCUUUUAUUUAUGUAUUUUCUUUCGAAGUAUGUAAAUGAAAACACGCAACGACAACAAAAAAUAACAAGGAUUUGGUGCAUUUUGUACAAAGUUAGCGUACUGCAGUUUUCUGUCUCUCUCUUUAAUGAUGUCGUAAACUGGACUGUGUAAUACAUGUAUCUGUGAAUGUUCGGGUUUUUUUUUCUUCUUUUUUUGUCUAAAUGUAGAAGAAAAAGAAAAAAAAAAGAAAAAUGAAGUCAUACAGUAUACUGUUUUUCCGCAAUAAGAUGAUCAUCUGGGAAACUAAAGCACAUCUCUUUCCUUCUGUAAAAAGAAUCAUAACGAAAUAGAGUCAUAAUAAUAUUCUGGAAAAUAAUGCAGAUAAAAAUAAUAAUGUAAUAGAAAUGUUUAGUCAGAGAAUAUUGUUUUGUAUAUUUUUAGCUGUUUCUUGGCCCUGAUGUAAAAUAUUCUAUGUAAAGAAAAUAUAAUAAAUGUCUUUAGAUGUGUUCUAUGAAAAAGCAUGAUUGCAAUAUAUGUUAUCUGCAAAAAUAAAUAAAGAUCUAUAGAUUAUAA